GAGGCUCCUUCCGGCUAGAGGUUGGGCAUUGCUCGGUGGCGGGAAAGCGGCGGCUGCAGCGCGUCUUCCUGGACGCUGAGGGGCCGGAGGCGGCGGCGAGUCUCGGGCUGGCCGCGGGCGCCACCAUGGACGCGGCCGAGGUGGAGUUUCUGGCCGAGAAGGAGCUGGUCACCAUUAUCCCGAACUUCAGUCUGGACAAGAUCUACCUCAUCGGGGGCGACCUGGGGCCUUUCAACCCCGGCUUACCAGUGCAGGUGCCUCUGUGGCUGGCGAUCAACCUGAAACAGAGACAGAAGUGUCGGCUGCUCCCCCCCGAGUGGAUGGACGUGGAAAAGUUGGAGAAGAUUCGGGAUCAUGAACGAAAGGAAGAAACUUUUACCCCUAUGCCCAGCCUUUACUACAUGGAGCUCACCAAACUCCUGUUAAAUCAUGCUUCAGACAACAUCCCGAAAGCAGAUGAGAUCCGGACCCUGAUCAAGGACGUGUGGGACACGCGCACAGCCAAGCUCCGGGUGUCCGCUGACAGCUUUGUGAGACAGCAGGAGGCACACGCCAAGCUGGAUAACUUGACCUUGAUGGAGAUCAACACCAGUGGGGCUUUCCUCACACAAGCGCUCAAUCACAUGUACAAACUCCGCACGAACCUGCAACCUUCUGACAGCGCCCAGUCUCAGGACUUGUAGGCAGAGACUGGUUUGUAGAGGCCCGUGUCUGCCGGCAGGAGGCUCACCGGGUGGCCUGCGUGCUCGGGACGUGACAGAGGUACUCACAUUUCCAGAGUGCUAGAACCACUUCUGAAUGUAUGCAGAAAAGUGCAGCGAAGCAAGGGAUGGGUUUAUAACCUUGUUGGAAAGCAACAGGCUUGUGCUUAGUCCUCGAGACAUUCUGUAAUUCCACGUCUAUAUCUGGGAGCCAGCUGUCCUUUCAUGGGGGAAUGAGAAAAGCAUUCGCAGAACGAAUGAUUUCCCUAGCAGAGCUCCGGGUCUCCUGCACGGGACUGUCGUGUGCAGGUGAGUGUUCGGUGACGUCCGGUGUUGCUUUUAAGAUGGAGAUAUAGCAGAAUGGUAACGUGGCCGCGGCCAUUUUUCUCCCUUCUUGACCCUGAUCUCUUGGGCUAAAUUUAGAGUCUGCUACAGAGGCUAUUCACACACAGGACAGCAGAUGAGUGGCGAGUGACAACAACCCAUAUUUAUGAUCUAAGCCCUGAUACACAAUAAAGAUGGAAUCAACCCAAA